AUGAGCAGCAGCAGCAACUCCAUAACAUACCUGUCGGCCGCGGAGGCGCAGAAAAUCGAUGAAGAGCUUAUGGGCCCCGAGUACCAAUACGACAUUUUGCAGCUGAUGGAGCUCGCGGGGCUCAGUGUGGCCUCCGCCGUUUUUUCUUCUUUUUGUGAAUUGACAAAACGCCCUUCUGUGGAAGGCGCUCGCGUGCUUGUUCUCGUUGGCCCAGGCAAACCCUAA